UUGUUCAAGGCGAGCAAACUUGUCUUCUGCUAGAGUUGGUAGAGCAACCGGACUGAGAGUUUUGUGUUCUCUCCAUCUCUCCGAUAUUUUUAUUUGCUAAUGAUCACUACUACCCUGAUCAGAAAACAAGUUUAUGAAGCAGUGGAUUUACAUGAAGUGACAAACAGAAAAACGUUAUAAUUUCUUUAACGCAGGUUGUUUCCUGUCUUAGAAUUCGCAGGUUUUGCAAUUGAAGACUUCCAUCCAUUCACAAGUUUUUCUUCUCUCCUGUCUUCAGCUUUCAGCAGAUAUGUAGCUGAUAUCGGUGAUGAUCUCGGAUGUAAAUGGAACUUGUUGACAAUCUGAAUGUGGGCUGCAGUUUGAAAUCCAUCAAGAAGAAAAUUUAAUACAAGGAAUAUAUCAUCAUCACUGAACACAGGGGUAACCAUCAAGACAACCACCCAUUCGUUAUCACUAUAGACGUGUCCGAGUUAUACUACAGGGAAAACACCAUGUGCCGAUCAAACCAGACUGUGUCGCGGAGUAUGUGCCUUGUCCCUGCUUCCAGCAUUACCAGCUCCCGCACUUGAUUAAAAGAUGUUCAGACUGUGCUAAACAGUAACACAGUCGGCAGUUCAUCCUCUGAAGCCACAAGAUAUUCUUGCUCAAAACUGGAUGUACCGAGUCGAUGCUGAGUCAACUGUGUGCCUUGUGGACAUGUUUUCAUCAUCAACAUCAUCAUCGUCGUCGUCAUCAUCACACCAAGUGUAAACUAUAACCAGUUUUAGAGUUGGGGCGUGUGACCGUUGUGUAUUCUUUAAGAAGUGCGUACUUGGAUUUCUCGAUUUUUAGCCUGGAUUUACUUCUCAAGUCUUGACAAACAUGGUGGCCGUUCACUUUACAGCUUCAACUACAACAGCCUUUGUGAUAUUUCUGUCAAUUUUAACCCUACAAGUGUGUGGGAAACAGAAGUUCCGUGAAACUCCUCAGAACACGUCAGUGAUCCAGGGCCAGACAGCCAUUCUGCGAUGUAUCGUGAUCAACCGGGUGGGAAACAUUCAGUGGACCAAAGAUGGAUUUGCUCUCGGGUUCGACCGCACAAUUCCCGGGUUUCCACGCUACUCUGUGAUCGCAAACACACUCGAUGAAUACAACCUAAUGAUCGUCAACUCGAAGCUGGAGGAUGACGCGGAGUACCGUUGUCAGGUGUUGCCAGGAGGAACCAACAACCCCGCGAUACAAGCUUCGGCUCACCUCACUGUUCUCGUGCCGCCGGAGAUGCCUGAGAUCGAGGGCUACCAGAAUGGCUCGACGGUGGAGGUCCCGCACACGCAGAGGGUCGUCCAGCUGACAUGCGUGGCCAGGAAGGGCCGCCCUCCGGCCGCGCUCGACUGGUUCCGCAACGGCCAGAAGGUGACCCAGAACGUGAACUACUCGACGGAGGGGCUGGCGGGCGACAAACGGGUCAACGCGCGCAGCAUCAUCACAGUGCGCUGGCAGCACAGCUCACAGGAGAACGACGCAGUGUACUCGUGUCAGGCCAAGAACAGCGCUCUGCAGGGGGACGUGUUGUCUACCACCGUGCAGAUCAGCAUUCUAGUUCCUCCUGGCCCCCCUCAGAUCUCCGGCUACACCAACUCGACCAUCAUCCGCGUGAACGACACCAUCCAACUGAUCUGCACGUCGAGGGGAGGCAACCCCCUGGCGACGGUCGUAUGGUACCGUAACAGCGAGCAGGUGGACUACUCGUUUGUGAGCGGGGGCAACAAGGCGGUCAACGAGUACACGUUCACCGCAGAGGCUCUUGACAACCAGGCCAUCUACCGCUGUGAGGUGUCCAACGUCGUGACGCCGCGACCGCUCAGCGCUGAGUUCAAACUCACGGUACACUCGUUUUUGUCUGAAGGAAACAUGACUUUUGAAUUUGCUUCUGUGAACAUGAGCUUUGUUCCACCCAUCAAGGUAACGAUCAGUGGAGGAGAGAGACCAAAGAAAGCUGGUGAGACUGUGAAGCUGAUGUGUGUGUCAUCCAACAGCAACCCCGCGGCCGUCAUCACAUGGUUUGCCAGGGGGCGCCAGCUGCCCGAGGCCAACACUAAGGUCACAGCCUCGCCCGAGGGCGGCUUCAUAUCCACGUCGACGGUGAAGGUGCGGCUGUCGGACCAGGACCACAACCUGGUGUACACGUGUCAGGCCACGAACACGGCACUCGGACAGAAUGUAGCUGAUACGGUCACCCUCAGUGUGCUCUAUCCACCGAGGGCACCAGUGAUAUCAGGUUACACAGAGGGUGCGUCGAUCAAGGCUGGCGAGCUGGAGAGAAUGAACUGUCUGUCGGUGGGCGGGAACCCUCUCGCCACCAUCAAAUGGUACAAAGGAGAUAAACUGAUUACCUCAGAGAGUAAGACAAUGGGUAACAUCGCGUCGGCUGAGAUCGCUGUCGUUGUGAAGGCCAGCGACAACGGUGCUGUCUACAAGUGUACAGCGUCCAACGAUGCCACCACAACUCCGCUGGAAACUGCCGUCAAUCUUACAGUACUCUUCCCGCCCGCGUCGGUAGCGAUCAGCGUGUGGCCCGACAAGCCGCGGGUGGGCGAGAUGAUGAACCUGACGUGUGUGUGCGCGUCCAGCAACCCCGCUGCCGAAAUCACAUGGAUCCGAGAUGGGCGCGAGAUCCGGGGCACCAACUACGGCUCCGUCGAGGCCGAGAACGGAGGCAUGUCCACAACAAAUGUGCUUGAGUUUGUGCCCGUGUCGGAUGAUCACAACUCUUACUACGGCUGCAGGGCGUCCAACUUGAUGUUUGGUCAGGCUGUCACCGAUGCCCUGACUCUAGAGGUCUUCUUCAAACCAGAAUUCAGUCCUGUGGUGUCGCCGAAGGAGAUAGACAUGGUGGCAGGAGAGAGCCGAAGCCUCAACCUGAGCGCAUACGCUAACCCCCCGACCAAGAAGUACCAGCUGUACCGCGAGGGGGUCAAGCUGACCCUGACCAGCGAUAUCCCGCGCUUCAAGCUUAGCAACGGCAUGCUGAACAUCACCAAGAUCCGCAAGACAGACCGGGGCAACUUCACCAUGAAGGCCACCAACGAUGAGGGCUCGACCACCUUCAACUUCACCAUCAGUGUCAGAUAUGCAGCCACAAUAAAGAGGAUCACCAAAUCAGUGAUGGAAGACGAAGGUGGGACGGCGUUCUUUGAGUGUAUCGCCGAGGCCAACCCCAUCGUCACCAACAUGGUCUCGUGGUCGCGGGACGACUUCGAUAUGUCCAAAACCAAGCAAACGUUCGGGCCAGGCAAGGCGUACUUGACCAUCUACAAGCUGAAGCGAGAGGACACGGGGGUAUUCAAGUGCACGGCCGAUAACAGGAUCGGGAAACCCGCAACCAAGACGGCCAAGCUCAUUGUGAAAUAUCCCCCGGUGAUUGAGAAGCUGCCUCAGUUUGCUAAAGCCGCCAGUGAGAUGAAGUCGACAGGAAAACUGAUCUGCAACGCCGCUGGUGCACCCAAUAUUACCUUCAGCUGGUCUAAGAAUGAUGUUGUGAUAGACACGACCUCGGGCAAGUACUCUGUGAAGUCGAAGAAGAGCAACAUGGUGCAUUACCAGAACGAGCUGAGAAUCAAGAACGUCGUCAAGGCGGACUACGGCCUCUACGUGUGCACCGCCAUCAACGAGAAGGGAACUGACCGCUUUGAGAUCGUCUUGGAUGGAACAAGUGCUCCGGACCCUCCGUAUGAUAUCCAGUUUGUGAAUGCGACCCACAAUUCCAUCACGGUGUCAUGGAAACCGGGCUUCGACGGCGGUCUCGCCCAGAACUUCCAGGUGCGCUACCGACUGGUGGGAGCGCGGGGAUUCGUCUACAUCGACAUCAGCUCCACGGCGAAAACGGUCUUCUCAAUACCAGGGCUGAAGCUCGGGAAGGAGUAUGAGAUUACUGUGUUAGCGUUCAACGAGAAGGGCAGAAGCAUCUUCCAGCCAAACAUUAUACGGGCCAAGACAUCCAAUGUUGCUCCAACAGCGGACAUCUCAACCUCAUCGCUGCAGGACAAAGAUGAUGUUCCCAUCAUCAUCAUCCUCAUCGUCUGCAUCGUGGGCGUCUUUCUCCUCACUCUUAAUGUGGGACUCAUAUUGUUCUUCAUCCGGCGUCGCCGCAAGAAGAUGGCUUCGAAGACGACGUUUGAGAUGUACAAGCCGUACGAACCGAGCGAUGACAUCAGCUACGAGCCCGACAAGAAUCUCGAUGAGUACCUUGAUGACUACUCUGGAGAAUAUCACCAGGAAAUGACCCGGUUGUCUCAGCGACACGAUGAUAUGGGCACGAACCCAAAGCAAGAGAUGAGACGAGGCUCGUUCCGAACGUCACACUACGAUGACUUCCUUCAAAUGCAGGACAAAGUGCAGGCGAUGCAGGAGGGAUCGAGAAGCCCCAAGAAGAGGGAAUCGUUCCCGGACUGGGCCGACGAGUCGCGAAGUGACGUCAGCUUGGGGUCGCGCGAGAAAGACAACCGGUCGCAUUCGUCGAGCGCCCACAGAGCGCGGUCACGGGACAGGUCACUAUGGGACGAGGAUCAGCAAGCAGGACGAUCACCCAAAUCAUCAGCAAAGACAAAAGCCCCUCCCACGCCGCCCCCUCGUCGAUCGAGUCGAGCUUCCCCUGCAUCCCCAGUAGCAUCAAACAGAUAUACCUCACUUCCAGGAUCCUUCGGAGCUUUGUCACCCAAUAUAAUAAACAAUCCCAACUAUGAUGGGCCUACGAUGAGCAACUUGCCGGAAGAUAUGCACGUAUACAAUGGCUCGGAAAUGCGAGGAUACCUUGUAUAGCGAAGAAAAGUGUUAAUAUAUAACCACCUUCCUGCAAUCUAUGCACAUAUAAUAGAGAUUUAACUGAUUUGCAGCUGCUGCAUAAAUAAUAAGAGAAAUUUUAUAUUCGAUUAUUUGAAAUGAAAAUUCUUUUGUGUGUACAUGUAACUAUGUUGGAGAUUUUCCCUCCUUUUUAAUGAGACGAUUUAGUGGAGCUGGAGAAAUAAUGUUCGUUAUAUCCAGGAGCUGGGGAAAUAAUAUUAAUGUUCGUUAUUCACAGGAGCUGGGGAAAUAAUGUUUGUUAUUCCAGGAGAUGGGGAAAUAAUGUUCCUUAUUUCCAGGAGAUGGGGAAAUAAUGUUCAUUAUUGCCAAGAGCUGGAUAAAUAAUGUUCGUUAGUUCCAGGAGCUGGGAAAAUUCAUGUUCUUUUGAUCUUUCCAAGGCAGAGGAUAUUACUGGAAGUUAAAAUGUUAUCGUUCUUCUUUGAAUUACAGAAUGUUCUGUGUGAGGAAUGAUCAGGUACAUAUGUAGUUCUUUAAGAGUGAUAAUGUGGUCGGAGAUAAGAUCAUAUUUGUGUAGCUUAGUAGUUAAAGUGCCAAAAAACAUUUAAAAAUCCACAGGUAAUCUUCCUUUGUUCUAUGGAUGAUGCUCACCAUUUAAGAUUAUUCUCCACAGUAGUCAAUUUUGGAUAUUAAUUGAAAUGUAUAUAGAUUUUAAAUACACGGUUGGAUGUGAUAAGAGGAAGUGUGAUUUGAACUCGGAACCUUCUGUGAAGAGAGGAAUCCUAAGAGAGAAUUUUCACGCUUCAAAAUCUGUUUUGAUGGGAUGAUGAACAGUCUCUAUCUGUUAAUGAGAUUUGAACUUCAAUAAACAAUUGCACUUGCAUCACUUGAUGUCAUUGGAUAGAAACCUGUGUCACAUAUAUUGAGUAAUCCCAUUGGAUGUAAAUCUGCAUCAUAUAUAUAUCAAGUAAUCUCACUGGAUAAAAAUUUGUGUCACAUGUAUGAAUCAAGUAAUCCAAUUGGAUGAAAAUAUGUAUCGUACACAUAAGAUAAUGUUAUUGGAUAAAAAUUUGAUUCACGAUGUCAUCGGCAUGUGUGAAAUAUUUUGUCUCACUUGUAACAGCUAUUUUCAUUGGCUAAAUGUUUACCUCGAACACCAUUUUUAUUCUCUUUUACAUGCUUGCAAACAUUCGAACAUGUGCCAGUAUAUCAUUCAUCGUAACAAGUUUUUAGGUGGUUUGUCUACAAGACUUUAUGAAUAUUCAUGAUACAGUAUCACAUAUCAUUUACUACAGAAGAGCUUAUCAAGGGAAACAACUCCAGUUAUCUUGAAGAAGAUUCACAAUACAGUAUUAUUGGUUUUAUAAUCUGUGUCUUAACAUAUGGAGUGAGCAGAAAUACAGACAUUUUUUCUUUCUCUAAUGAUCAUAAAUGUUUAAAUUCCAGUUUCUUAUUGGAAGAUAUUCUUACAGAUGAUCAAAGGGUAGGUGCAGAUUUAUGUAUUAUAUACCAACAUUACAGUACAGAAGCCAUCGAGGAAGCCAAUGAGACAUAGAUGGUUACCUAUAGCAGUAUUGCCACUUUAUACUUUUUAAAAAUUAUUAUACUUUUUUCUUAGAAAUACUACUCUUUAUACUUUUUUAAUACUUUUUUUUUUUACAUGAAAAUACUUUUUUUUAAUACUUUUUUUUCUGCCAAAAAUAACUUUAAGAAAUCCAGUUUCAAAUUUGACCAUCGUAAGAUUUAUAGUUUGCUACUAUUUUUUUUUCAGGAGUGGUUUGUUCUUUGUUAGUUGAGUGUUUGUAGAGCUCUCUGAUCCUGCUGCUCUCAGUGACCAAGUGGCAGGGUACUGAAAUAUGCAGAACAGAGUGUUCAACAAUCACAAAUCCUCACAACAUAUGGGACACCAUUCCUUGAGGUUGGUCAUAAGCAGCAGAAAAAAUGAGACUUUUUUUAAUACUUUUUUUUUUUUUUUACACCAUUUUGAUCCUUUUGGUUUUUGCACGAUUCCAUACUCUUUUUUUUAAAAUACAGAGUGACAGCACUGCUCUUGCCUGUCCCAUCCUCCUACAAAAAUGUUUUUGUUUUUUUGUAAAUAAUUUCAGUUUGGUUUAAUGUAAGAAGAAAAGUAAAAGUGUUUUGGAAAUAACAAAAAAAAACUAAAUUGUGCAAUUUAAAAAAGAAACCCAAUCUGCUUGGAAAGAAAUAACUUUAGUAAAUUCCAUAGUUGUGGGAAGGACUAGAGUUCUCCAUCUUAAAUUGUUUAACAGAUUGUCAGUGUGGUUGGUGUAACCGGAAUAGAGUGCAAAAAUAGUUGUAUGAACUGUUGAGCAUAUUUUAGAAGUUUCUGGGUCAUAACCAUUUCGCUGGUGUAUUCAGUUCAGGUAAACACAAUAGAAAACCCCAGCUUACAAUACCAACUAUGGGUUGCCAGUUGACUUUGAUUUAUGUGUUUCGCAAACUGUAUACUGAUGGACCCUCCGUGAUACAGAGAAUAUGAGGAAGGCGGUGUUGUGACAAAACAAAUCUAUGCAUAAUAAUUAUAUUAUCAUAUUAUAUGUGUAAUAUUAUCCUUGUCAUCAUGUUAGAAAUAUUGUUUGCAAGAUUUUGCAGCUGUGUUAAUAGGAUUUAAGAAAGUGUAUAAUCAAGAAUAUUGUGAAUAUCGCUGGCGUAUGUAGCUUUAGACCAAUCAUUGUUACCGGAUUCCAGUUAUAGUGGUUUCAUUGGCAGCAGGGGCAAGAGUCUUUGUUGUUGUUUCAUUUAUGUGACGUUUGUGUGAACUGUGUUCAUGGCAAUAUAUAUAUAUAUUUGUAUCCAGGGCCUGGGCUUAUGAAACUUUUAGAGUCUAGACUCUAACGAUGUCAUAGGCAUACAUUUGUAUGGUGUUGUCAUGGCAUUAAUGUCUCAGACUUUAUUAAAGUCUUGAGUCUAGACUCAGGGUUUAUAAGUACGGGACCAGGUUAAAAUGUCCUCUCGCAGUCAGAAUCUUCCUUGUCAGAACUACUUCUGUGUAGAACCCAUCCUGGUAAAAAAUCUCACUGUUUCUAAAUAUUAAUAUUAUAUUAUUUAAUGGUUCAUUGUCAAGUACUAAUUUAAACCGUUUAAUACAAUAAAUUUUAUUCCAUCCAAAUUGCAUGUAUCCCUAAAACAAAGCACUGCAUACUAUACUUGAUAAUAGGCUUAUAGUAAUGUCAGAGGUUGCACUCAUUCAUUCAUUUAAAUCAAUAAAGCAUGGAACUAAUAAAUCAAACAAUAUAUUAUGUAAAUAUUUACGGGUGGGGGUUUGAUCAGGAGAUGUUGACAAGGGGAGUUUUGACUGCAUGCAUGGUUACCAUAUUUUAAAGUAAAUUUAGUAAUCUGACAAAAUGUUAACUUUACUGAAUAUUCUUUACUAGAAAUAGCAAAAACAGUGCUGUUUAUGAUAAAGUAAUUAUAUAAAGUUGGCUUGAUGGUGUAAAGCUUCUUUUUUUAAAAGAGCAAAAUUUUACAUUGUUAAAGUCUAUUUUUGGCUAAUUUUUACCAUCAUAAAAAUCUUCUCUUUGUCACACAAGCUAUGAUACAGUAUUUGUUGUUACUGGCACUAGUUACUGUUAAUUGUCCUUAGUUUUACUAUGUGGAUGUUUCUUACCAUGGAAUCUCAAGGUUGUGUUUUUUCUAGUUACAUGUAUGUUAUGGAGGAGUCCUUUAUUUUAUGUUAGUACUUAAUAAUUUUGUGUUGGAAGUAGGCUACAUAGAUGGGUUUAAUUCCUUUGUCACUUAAUUAUAUGGGUGAUGUUUAUUUUACUUUUUGUUCCUUUUAUCGUCUUUUUACUUUUAAAGCUGCAAUCUCGAGUAAAUUAAUUAAGACUAUAUGGCAGUAGUUAUAUUUGUUUUUUUUGUUUUUUUAAAGUGUAUAUUUUUUAUAUACACACACAUUGUUUGGAAUUGUUGAAUUUUGUGUCAUCCAAAUUGUUCCUUUUCCUAUGCUUAUUCUUAGGGAUUGGAUCUAGCUCGGUCGAUGGGUUGCUUGGCUCAUAGGAUCAAAUCCCCUCGAUGGAUUAAUUGUAUGAUGAGUUUUCCCCGAUCCCAUCCAGCAUGACUGAUUUUGAUAUGUGCUGCCUGCCUGUGGGAAAGUGCGCAUAUAUAUAUAUAUAUAUAUAUAUCCCGUGCUGCUAAUGGAAAAAUGUAGCAAGUUUCCUUUGAAGAUUAUGUGUCAGAAUUAUCUAAUGUUUGACAUCCAGUGGUCGAUGAUCAAUUGGCAGUAAUCAUUGUACAUUAAAAAUAACAAACUAUAUCAUUAUUUUUCUUUGUCAAAACCCCUAUUUAACUGUUUUUUCAGAAAUUCCAGUCAUUUUAUUUGUUUGUUUUUGCAUUAAGUUGUUAUGAGAAGGUGAAGUGAGAUUGCAGCUUUAAAACUAUUAAAGCCGCUGAGCCCAGCUUUCAGGUAUAGAAAAACAUACUGACCAACAAAAGAUUCAGUUUUCUUUAAUUUUAUUUUACAUUAUUCAAUCUGAAUCACAGUAGAUUUUAAGUCUGUUGAAAUUAUUGAUGUCUUGUGAACAUUUUAGACACAUUUUUAUCAUUAAUAUAUAUAUAUAUAUAUAUUAAUAAGUAUAAAGAUUUAUAUAUUAAAAUAUUUGCAUUUAUUUUUGGUAUAUUUUAGGCUAUUAUAGCCUUUUAAGAACUUUUUGAUUAAAUUACAGUUGGCAAAUUCAGCGAGUUUCUGAUUAUACGGGUAUUUUUAAUAAUUGAAAAUGUUUUUUAAAGUGAAACAGAAAAGGUAUGUAUUUCUGAAGCUAGGGUCAGUGGCUUUAUUACGAAGGCUUUAUGAUGAGCUACCCGGUACGUGGAAUUCAAGUUAUUGACUUGUUUUCCAUCAGAAAUCCAGUAUAUUAGUUUUAUACAGUAUAUUUACUUUCAAUCAAUUUACUUUGAUCCGUCCAUGUCUUCCAAUGUCAAAGGUGUUUGGAUUUGAUAUAUUUUGUCAUUUUUAAAACUUGCAGUUAAUCAAAGAAGUAAAUGAAAAGAAGAUUUCUCCAGUUAUUUUUCAAAAUAUUCUGAACCAAUCCUUACCUGGUAAUUUGUGUGCUCAAAAAUGUCCCCCUCGUGUGAUGAGAAUACACGGUAUGAAAGCUGUCACAGAAUUCCUUUUCAUCACUUUGUUAGCAGUGUCGUCAUUUAUAUGUAGCCACUUACGUUUUUAUGCACUAAAAAAAGUAGUUAUCAAAUUUGUUUUAUUUGACAAAACUAUUGUAUUAUAGUAGAUUAUAGUAGGGAUUAUUCUGUCAGUAAUGAUUUUUUUUUUAAAUUAAAUUUUUGUUAUUUAUUUUAUUUGGUUAACAAUAUUUAGUAUUUUAAUCAUUUAACAGAUACUACUAUAUUAAAAAAUAAACUUAAAUAGGAAGAGGAAGCUAAGAUAAAAACCUAUUCAGGUUCAUCCCUGCAGUACGUUUAUAGAAAUAUAAACUUAAAUAGGAAGAGGAAGCUAAGAUAAAAACCUAUUCAGGUUCAUCCCUGCAGUACGUUUAUAGAAAUAUAAACUUAAAUAAAAGCAUUCAUUUGUAUUUGAAACCAUUAAAUAAUUUUCAUUUCGUUCUUAAAAAGUUGCAUUAUUUUUGUGUGUGUGCUAUAUUAUGUAUUGUAUAUAUGUAGUAUAUUUUGUAAGUUUAAUGUAAAUAAAUGUUAAGAUAAUUAUACAGAUGUAUACCACCUAAUAUCAUAAUGAGUGUCUGUGUUUCUGAAAUGCCGAAAUGGUGCUUUUAUUGUUCUGUCAUCGAACUCAUCUGCAGUGCUUUGUGUUGGUACGAGAAUAUAUGGUUUAGAGUAGAGGUUUCGUUUAUUUAAAGUUAGGUAAAAUACACCAGAUGAAAAGGGAAAAAUACAUGUAUCCAUAGUUACAUGCAAGUUAGCAUUCAGCAAUUUGCUGUUUUCAAAAAAAAAAAAAAAAAAAAAAAAAAUUAAAAAGAAAUGAUGCUUUACAGUGUCUUAAAUAAAUAAAAUAAAAAUUUGCUGCAAAAUGUACUAAUUAAUUUUUUUUUGCAUUUA